UCGAGGCCUGAAAUGGCGGAGUUGACGCGGCAAACCGCAUGAAAACAUGCGCCAUGACCCCCAGGGGAAGCCCCGCUCUGCUCUGAACAGUGUCCUCCCUCGUGUGGUGGGAAGGGCCGCACGGUGCAGGCAGCUUGAUUCGAGGCUUUCUGGCGGGGUUGCCAUGGUGACGGCGGCCUGGGACCGGCUCCUGCUCCUGGCUCUGCUGCUCGGUUCCUCGGCCGGAGCCAAGCUGAACGUCCCCAAGGUCCUGCUGCCUUACUCUGCCACCGUGAGGGUCAACUUCACCCUGGAGGCCGACGAAGGCUGCUAUGGAUGGUUUUCAACACGACCAGAUAUAGCAACUGUUGAACCUGUGUAUCAGAAUGACACUGACUGUUCCACUACAGCCGUGAUAUCUGUCCGCUCAACUCAGCCUACUCGCCUCACCAGCAUAAUUAUAGCGGAGGAAAUGGUGACAGGACAGGUGUUGCGGUGUGAUGUAUUGGUGGACAUAGUAAAUCAAAUUGAAAUUGUAUCGACAACCCGGGAGUUGUAUGUGGAUGACUCGCUGUUAAAAUUAACAGUUAGAGCCUUGGAUGAAGAAGGAAAUACUUUUAGUAGUUUGGAAGGAUUUAUUUUCGAUUGGAGCAUUGUGAAGAAUGAAAAUGUGGAUAAUAAUGCCGAGUCGCCCCGUAAAAUUAGAAUACUGAAGUUUUCAGAAUCCACCUAUUUACCACCUUCACACAUAGCAACAAUAGAAAAAGAAGGAAAGCAAGGAGACAUCAUUCUCGUAUCUGGGUUAAUGACUGGUACAGCUAACCUGAAAGCACGACUGCAGGAAACUAUAUAUAAGCAUGUUCCUGCUGCAAUAAUACGCCUUAUUAUUCUGGAAAACAUUAUUUUAAGUCCAGCCCAUGAUAUUUACCUAUUAGUGGGAGCUUUUAUUCACUACAGGGUUGCUAAAAUAGUAAAUGGGAAAAUGACAGAAGUUGAGAUGCCAUCUGAACAGUAUAAACUGGAAUUACAAAGCGAUAAAGUGAGCUCUGCUGGAGGAGGAAAUGCAACAGUUGCAAAGCUGAAUUCUGACUCCUCCACUGUCACAGCAGUCCAUACAGGACGGACCAUCUUAGUUCUUACCUAUAGAAACAUUCACAUGCAGGCACUUUCUCAUCUACCCAACUGUACAAUAUAUGUUGUGCAAGCUGGUUUUCUGGGUUUCUUUGUCUUUCCUGGAGAAAGAUGGGUUCUGGAAGUAGGACGAAAUUAUGAAUUUACAGUGGAAGUUUACGACAAAAGGAGUAAUAAAGUUUACUUAUCUGAUAAUUUAAAUAUUGCCACUGUCCUUCCAAAAUCCCAUUUCCAAACUCUGAAAACACUGAGGAAUGGAUCUUAUCAUUAUGUUGAUGUUUUGUUGAAUGGCCAAGCAGUUAUUAAGGCAACACUCUUUGGGGUAGUUGGGCAGAUUCUGGCUACACCCAUUACCAACCACCAAGAAGUAAUUAUUUAUAAACCAAUAGCCCUGGAGCCAAGCAUUCUUGUCUUCCCAUGGCACCCCAAGCCUCGAAGUUAUCGACAUGAAAUCAAGGUCAAUGUGCUGAGACCAGUCAGCAUAGAGUUUGUCCAAUCCCGAGUAGAGAUUGAGGUUGCUCAAUCUCUUUACCUACCUAUUAUGGUUUAUGGACUCAUGGAAACGGAUGCCACAGAAACAGUUCCAGUGAAUGACUGCACACUCAUGAACUUGGAGGUAGAAAUGGACAAGCAAGCGGUAUUCAGAGUCAUUCAAGGGAAUUUAGAGCCAGAUGUUACUCAUUGUACUGGAAUAUUUGUACGAGCAGAGACACCAGGUCAUACAUUGCUAACAGCAAGUGCUGGAUUUCUGGAGGUCCAUUUCAGCAGCAGCAUAACCAUAGCUUCUUACCAUCGACUUAGAGCUAUUGAUCCAGUUGCUGUUGCUAUAGUCACUCUAACCUCUUCAAAAGAAAUGCUGUUUGAAGGAGGUCCCAGACCUUGGGUACUGGAGCCAUCAGGAUUCUUCACAGAUUUGAAUGGUGAAAAGAAGGAUACAAUAAUCAUCAAACAACAACGAGCUCUUGGUGAAAAGAAAAAUCAUCAUGGGUUCACAGUCAUCUGUGUAGCCUUGGGAGAACAGUUUUUGACGUUUAAAGUUGGUAAUCAGCCAAGCUUGCUGAACCCAAAUCCGGCUGUUGAACACAUUAAAGUGAAGUUUGUCUGUGCUGUGCCCACCAGUGUGACUUUGGCUCCUGUUUACAAGUCGCGUGAAGCUGGUCUUCCAUGCCCUUUGUUGCAACAUAACAAACAGUUGGUACCUGUUUCUUUCUGCAGGAACACCAUUUUGGAGCUGACCGCAUAUGAUCAAUAUGGAAGGAAGUUUGAUAACUUUACUUCACUGUUAAUUAAUUGGAAAUCAUCUAACAUUUCUCUGGGCACUUCAUCCUACGAUACUCAUGAAAUGAUUUUGAGAGAUGAUGGGAGUGGACAGAAGAGGCUACAUGGUCAUAGAAUGGUUAUAGUUUACAGGAAGAAGGGAACUGUGUCCAUUUCGGCAUACUUAGUUGGUUAUCGAAAGACUCAUUCUGAUGUAACAGCUAAUGUGAAUGAUUUGCUUGUGCCAAUAACAGCCACAAUUGAUUUAUUGCUGGUGGGUGAUGUGUCCUUGGUACCCAGAAACCUCACUGUAUACAAUCAUCCUGAUAUUUUGGAAGCAAUUUACUUAACUGAAGGCUCUGGAUAUUUUUUCAUUAAUACUACGGACUCUGAGAUUUUGACCAGCACAUAUAUAGAGGCCAAAAAUUAUGUACAAAUAAGGCCACUGCAACCUGGAAUAGUGACAAUGAAAGCAUAUGACCUUUGCCUGACCUGUAAAGGUCCAGCCAGAGCAGAGAUCCAUGUAUCAGAUAUAUUAGACUUUGAGCUGGACUUUAUUCAUAAGGUUGAAAUUGGAAAGUCUGUUGCAGUAAAUGUGAGAAUCCUGGAUUUCUUCAAGAAACGCUUUUUGAACAGAUACUUUCAUUUCAUGAAUAUAAGCCUGCAGGCAGCUUCCCCAAUUGUCACCUUAGAAGCAGUUUCUAACUUGGAUAAACAUGCUGCAAGUUACAUAAUGAGAGCUGUGACCUUGGGGCAAACAACUCUUGUAGCAACUGUCAGGGACAAAAAUGGUCGAAAGCUGAGCUCUGCUCCACAUCAAAUAGAGGUAUUUCCACCUUUUAGACUAAUCCCUCGAAGAGUGACAUUGAUCAUUGGUGGUAUGAUGCAGGUGAUGUCUGAAGGUGGUCCACAACCACAAUCAAAUAUUUAUUUCUUUAUUAAUAAUAACACUAUUGCUAAGGUAAAUAAAUUAGGACAGCUUACUGCCUUGGCGGUAGGAACUGCAAAAGUGACUGGUAUUGUCCAAGCGGUUGACGAUGACACAGGAAGAGUGGUUGUUUUUUCUCAGGAUGACGUGGCUGUAGAAGUAAUUCGGCUAAAGGGGAUAAAAAUCCAUGCUCCAGUAACUAGACUGAAGACUGGAACUCAGGUGCCAGUGUACGUGACAGGAAUCACAAGUUGCCAAACUCCAUUUACCUUCGGUAAUGGCGUACCUGGCCUGACAUUUCACUGGACAACAACAAAACGGGAGGUUAUUGAGCUCAUCACCAGACACUCGGAGAUUUCUUUAGAACUUUCCACGGAACAUAAUUUUGCCAUGUUGCUAUAUAGCCGAGCACAAGGGAAAACAGGCUUGAAAGUCACUGUGAUGGCACAGGAUCCGUCUGCUGGACAGUUUGAAGGACAUGCUGACAGAUUUUCUGAUGAGAUUCAGAUUAUGGUGUUUGGAAUACUACAACUCUUGCCUCUCACUCAGCCAGCAGAGGAAAUACUCAUGUCACCAAAUUCCCAAUUGAAGUUACAAACCUCUCGGGAUGGUAAAGCUCUUGUCAGUUACGAAGUACGCAAAUGUCCUAAUAAUAAGUCUGUGAUUAUGGAGGAUGGGCAUGGACUUUUGAUGUCUGGACACAGAACUGGUUCUUCUGCACUUACAAUAACAUCACGGGAAUACUUUGGAUUGAACCAAACCAUUGUAACUGGAGUGAGAGUGGCUCCAAUAGCAUACCUCAGUAUUGUCACCAGUCCUAUGUUGUAUAUAUCCAAAAAUGAAGAGCUAGCUGCCCUUCCUCUUGGAAUGACAUUGACUUUUACAGUCAACUUUUAUGAUCUCAGUGGAGACCAGUUUCAUGCACACAACACAGAAUUAUAUUUAGCUCUUAACAGGGAUGAUCUGCUGCUGAUUGGACCAGGCACCAGUAAUAACACUUACGUGGCUCAAGCUGCCAAUGUAGGAUUGACCAUACUUGCAGUUUGGGACAACAAGCAUCCAGGCAUUGCAGACUAUAUUCCGAUACCUGUCCAGUAUGCAAUAUGGCCCAAUAUAUCGGAGCACGUGAUACUGAGUGAUGUAAUAUGUUUUUCCAGUGUCCUGGUAAACCAGGAAGGAGACUGCAGUUUUGCUCAAGUUAAAGCUAUGUCAAAACUAAACCCAGAAUCAAAUCUUGCUUGUUCUGUGCGGUUUAAUAAUAUUGUAUUACAAGUCUUAGCUUCCUCUGUUUUUUCUGUGGAACCCGAAUUCAUUGCAGAUACAGGAGGUGUGGGAAUGAUGGAAGAUAGCAAAAUGGCUGUACAAAUGAGUAGCAGCUGUUUUACAAUUAGGAGUCUUAAUAUUGGGCAGGAAAGGUACACGUCAGCUGAAAACCAUAUUGUGUUUGUUGACAGGACCUAA